AUGGCUAAAGCUGGUUUUUAUUAUUCUCCAUUAAAAGAUAAUGAUGAUCGUGCAUUAUGUUUUGCUUGUACUGUAACACUUGUUUGUUGGGAACCAUCUGAUUCUCCAUGGACAGAACAUGGACGUCAUUCACCUAAUUGUCCAUUUAUAAAAGGUGAUUUUACUGAAAAUGUUCCAUUACGUACAACAUGUUCAAUUCAACCUGGAAAAAAAAUCUUCUCAAAUCAACAACAACAAAAAUGGUUAAUAAAAUCUAAUGAAUUAAUAUUAAAUGAUCAUAUAUUAUUAUUUAUGAAUUCUGAUUGGAUAAUACGAUCAGUUGAUACAACAAAUGUUAUACAUAUAAAAACAAUAAUAUCAUUAAAAAAUCAUAUUGAACAAUUAACAACAGAAAAUAUAUCUGAAGAAAAUUAUUUUUCUGAUAAUAAUAAUAAUAAUAAUAAUGAAACAAUAUUUAUAAAACAUUUUGAUCAUUUAACAUUAAAACGUUAUUUUAAUUUAAAAUUAAAUCCACUUGCAUUAACAAUGUAUCCAUUAACAAUAACAAAUGAUAAUGAAAAUUAUAUUAUUUUUUGUUUAUUACACAUAAAUGAAACAAAUAAAUGCAUAUUAAUAACAACAACAACAAUAAAUCAAUAUGAAAAUUUAAAUCCAUCACGUUUAUCAAUAAUAACAAAUAAUCUACAAAAUGAUGAAUCAAUUGAAACAACAGUAAACGAAGAAAUUAAAACAAAUAAUAAAUAUGAUUAUUUAAUUGAAUUUUCAAAUUUUAAAAAUAUACCUAAACAAGCAUUUUUAUAUCAAUUAACAAAAACAAAAAUGAUUUUAUUAAUAAAUACAACUGAAUGUAUACAUGGAUAUUGUAUUGAAUAUGAUCAAAUAACAUUAACAUUAAAAAUACUUUUUUAUCAUUGUAUUUAUCAAUCAUCAACAAAUGAUAUUGAUAUUCAUUCAAUAAAUCCGAUUAUAUUAGAUGAUGAUGAUUUAAUAAAUAAUGAUGAACAAUCAAUGAUUAGUGAUAAUGAUGAAAAUUUAGAAAUUGAAGGUGAUGAUAAUAUUGAUUUUAACGAUGAAUGUCAAAAGAAAGAACAAUAUUUAAAUAAAACAUUAAAACGAAAAUGUUUUUUAAUUUGUUUUAAAUCAGGAUAUUUAUUACUUUAUGAUGUUUAUCGUACAAUAUAUUUUGAUACUAAUCAAGAGGAAAGUACCAUUGGUAUUUUAGCAGAUAGAGAAUUAACUGGAAUUGUUGAAAAAUGUGUUCAUGUUAGAGGUACAGAUACAAUUUAUGCUUGGAUCAAUGAUAAUGGUGUUAAAAAGUUCAAUAUUCGUGAUCUAUUUCCGUCUUAUUUUACUUAUUUACAAUCUGAUGAAAGAACGAGUGCAUCUUCUAUAAAUUCUUCUCAAUUGAAAUCUUCCACUGAUGAUCAAAAUUCAAAUUCUUAUUCAAUAUCAACUCUUCGUUCACUCCUAUCAUUUACAUCAUUUGAUUCUUCACCUGUAACAUAUUUUUUUGCUCAUGUGAAUUCAUCCUAUUGGAUUGAUACACUUGAUACAACAAAAACAAAUAUUGAUCGUCAUACAUGGCGUUUACAACAACCUCAAAUAAAUCAACAAAUAAUACCUUCCAUACAUAUAUUUGAUUUACAAACUGCAACACCAUGUAUAUUACAUACAAUUGAAUUUCGUUAUACAUUAAAUCGACAACAUUUACAUAAAAAAAAUUUAUUUGUUACUUUAUAUCGUUAUUCAAAUGAACAAAAUGAUGUUGAUCAAAAAAUAGAAUUUAAUCAAUUAAAUUCUAAAAUAAAUUUUUCAAAUGAUGAUAUACUUGCUGGUCCAUAUUCAUUAAUUGAUUAUUUAGAAUCACCUAUACAUGAUCAAGGUCUUAUACAAUUAUGUUCAUAUGAUUUAUUAACAUAUAAAUCAAAACAUUUUCGUCUUGUACUUGAAUCAAAAUGUUCAUCAAUAUUAAAUCAAACAACACAACAAAAAAAUUUCUUUCCUAUUGAAACAAUAUCAAUAACAUUACGUUCAACAAAACAUCAAACACGUUUAUUACGUUUAUAUGAUUAUUCAACAAUAAAUUGUUUAACAUCAACUAUAUUAACAACAAAAAAUGAAAGAAAAAUAUUAUUUUCAUUAAAUUUAUUAAUAUCAAUUAUUUAUACAACAAAUAAUAUUAAAAUAAUAAAUCAAAUUAAAUUUUUAUUAUUAAAUGAAACAUUUUUACAACAUACAUUUAUAAAUGCAUCAAGAACAAUAGCGAAACGUAUGGCAACACUAAUAUUAAUGAUUAUUAAAAAUAAUAAUGAUAUAGAAAAAUUUAUUGAAAAUUUUUUAAAUUUAUUUCAAAUGAAUAAUCAAUAUUUACUUGGAUUUAAAUCAUCAUCAGCAUUAAAAUGGUUUUUUAUUAUUAUUGGACAAUGGACUAAUGAAUAUCAAUAUCAAAUUGGUACGAAACUUUUACAAUGGUUAUUACAAUUAGCAGAUAUUAUUAAAAAAACUGAUACUAUACAAAGACAAUUAUUAAGAAAUAAAUUUGGAUUUUAUGCUGAUCCAUUUGAUGCUAAUUUAUUUGAUGUUGAUCUUUCAACAUUAAUUGAAUGUAGUCUUCGUCAACGUAAUUUAAAUUCAUCAUCAUCAUCAUCAUCAAAUUCAACAAAUACUUCUCAAUCAUCACGUCCAAUUGGUAUAAAUGAUAAUUGUUAUGAUCCACGUAUUUAUUCACGUUAUGGUACAACUGGUUUACCAAUAAUUCCAUGUGAUCCAGAAACAUUAUAUUCUUCAACAAAUAUUCAAUAUGCAUUAUCAAAACUUUUACCAAAUUCUCUCUCAUCAUCAAAUGUUUAUUUAAAACCUAUACCAGGUCUAUUUGAAAUUACACCAUUAAAUUAUACAAUGCAUUCAUCAAGUGAUGGUACACGUCUUGAAUGUGUUGAUAUGACACAUUUAUUAACAUUACGAACAUAUGAAGCAACAAAUGUACCACCACCACCUAAUGUUACACUUACAGCUGGUUCACAUCAUCUUUAUAAUCCAACAACAUCAAGUUCAAUGCCACCACCACCACUUCCACCGGCUAUAUCAACAUUUACUACAACAAAUACAUUUCCAUUUUCAUUUCCAACACCAAAUAUAAAUACAUAUCAUGAUACACUUUAUAUGUUACCAACAACAACAAAUCCAACAGCAACAACAACAACAAAUGAAACAACAUCAACAAUUGUUUCAUCAUUUCCAAUAGCAUCAACAACAACAUUAGAUAAUCAAAUAAAUAAUAAUUUAAUAAGUACAUCACCAUGGUUACCACAUUUAGCAUCAAAAUUUAAAGAUAAACAAAGUUUACAAAAAGAAAAAUUAAAAUUAAUUGCAAAAAAAAAUAAAGCUGCUACAACACAAACAUCAAUAUUAAAAAAAAAUUCAAAUUUAUUUACUGAUCUUAUACAUACAACAAAAUCAACAUUAGCAUUACAAAAUCAACAAACAUUAUCAACAAAUCGUUUAUUAACAAAUAAUAAAAAUUCUAUUGAUGAUGAAAAUCUUGAACAACAACAAUUACAACAACAACAACAACAACAACAAAUAAUAACAAUUGAUGAUAUAUUAACACAAGUAUCAAAUAAUAUUCUUCAUGGACAAUAUUUACCAUUAUAUCAAUUUAUAAUUGAUCGUUUAUCAGGUGGUGGUAGAAGUUAUUUUGUUUUAGAUUUUGGACAACAAGUUACAUUAACUGAUAUAAUAAUACCAUCAUGUUAUGAAUUAGCAUCAUUAAGUUUAGAUUUUUGGUCAUAUGGUGAACAUAUUGAUUGUCAACGUUUAUUUUCUUCAACACAUAUAUCAAGUCAACCAUUCUUUUUACAUGAUUUACAACCAGCUAUAAUAGCACGUUAUUUACGUAUUACAUUAAUUGGACAAUCAAAUAUAUCUGUAUCAUCAAUACGUUUACCUGUUGGAUACUUUUUUGGUUAUCCAUACAUAUUAAAUGAUGAUAAUGAUAAUAUAAAUAAUAAUAAUAAUAAUAAUAAUAAUGAAAAAUAUGAAAAAAAAUUAAAAUCAAUUGAAGGUAUUUAUGAAACAUUAAUAUCAAAUUAUGCAUUAUGUAGACAAAAAUUAUUUAAUUUAUUAUCAUCAACAAAUAAUAUUGAAAAAAAUUUUAUUGAAAAUAUUUAUCAUGAAUGUAUUCAAUUACAAAUACAAAUUAAUCAUGCUCAUAGACAAAUAAAUCAAUGUAGAAAUCUUUUAAAAAUGGAUCAUAUUCAAAUUCAUAAUCAACAACCAACAUAUGAUUAUUUAAAAUUAUUAGCUGAUUUAUUAACUAGUGAAUUAACAUCAUUAUCAGGAAUGAUGCAACAAACAGAUAGUUCGUCUUCAUCUUCAUCAUUUAUUUCUUUAAAUGAUGCUUUACAAGUAUUCGAUACAUUUGCUAUUCGUCAUGUACAAAUAAUUGACAUGCCAAAACGUCUAUUACAAUUAUGUUCAUAUCAUUCAUGGUGGCCAGAAUUUGUUAAAGAAUGUUUUCAACGUUAUUUUCUUUCAAAUGAUAUUUUAACAAGUGAUCAACAACAAUCCUUAUUUAUAAAUCUUGUUGAUUUAUGUGAACAAACAUUAUUAACAAUAAAUUCUUCAAAUGAAACAACUAUUUAUUAUAAUCGUUUAUUAGCUAUUGAAUAUAUAAAUAAUAUAUAUAAUUUAUUAUUAAAUACAAAUAAUAAUUAUCAAUCAAUUGAAUGGUUAUUAUUAUUUCUUUAUCGUUUAUCAGAAAAAAAUUUAUUUCCAUAUUCAUAUGAACAAACAAAUAAAAAAACAAAUUUUUCACAAUUAAUUAAUAAACAUUGGCAAUUUUUACAUACAUCAUCAAUAAUUCAAAGUCCACGUAUAACAAAUUCAGCAAAUAAUUAUCGUCGAAAAUUACGUAAAGAAACUUUAUUAAAAAAAACAACAAAAACAUUAUCAUCAUCAUCAUCAACAACAACAUCAACAACAACAUUGACAACACAAACACAAACAUCAACAAUAAUUAUUUCACCAACAAAUUCAAUUGAUUAUUAUUGUUAUCAUUCAUUAGUUUUACAAGUAUCAAAAUAUCUCAUUGAAAUAUUAAUUGAAAAUAAAAAUUUAUCAAAUGAAUUAUUUAUAUUAAUAUGUAAAUCUUUAUCUGAUAUAAGUCGUUCAUGUAAACCAUUUUUAUUAUUACAUGAAUAUAUAAAUAAAGAUAAUUUAAUUAAAUUAAUUUUAAAUACAGAACAAAUAUGGUUAAAAUAUGCAUUUAAUUAUUUUUUAAUUGAUUUUAUUGAUAAUGAAAUAUAUUUACCAAAUGAAAUUAAUUUAAAUGAUGAUGAUAAUGAUGAUAUUGAUAUUGAUGAUGAUAAAGAAUUAAAUGAUGAACAUAAAAAAAAACAUUUUCCAGCAUUUAAAAAAUCUAAAAAAAAAUCAAAUAAUAAUACACAACAAUUUCUUGUACAAUUUCAAAAUAAUAAAACAUCAGAACAAGAUAUUUUAUAUCCAACAACAGAAGAUUUUUUAAUACUUUUAAGUCAAUCAUCAUCAUAUCAUCAUCAACAACAACAACAACAGCAACAACAACAACAACAACAACAACAACAAACAUCAAUAAUAAAUAAUUUAAAUUAUGAUAUAAUACCAUUUUCAAUUGAUAAUCGUCUUGAUGGUAAUAUACAAUUUAUAUUUGAUUUAUUUACAAUAAAUCAAUCAUUUAAAAUACAAACAUUAUUAAAUAAAAAUUUAUUUCAAUUAAAUCAAUAUACAAUUGAUUAUAAUUUAAAUAUAAAACUAAAUGAUAUAAAUCAAUAUGAAUUUAAAAACAAUAUUUCAUAUACAACAAUUGAUUUAUUAAAUGAAAUUUAUCAAAAUAUGUUAUGUUAUUUUAUUGAACAAAAUCAUUUUAUAUCAUAUGAUUUAUUUAAUAAAAUUGAACAUUUAUUAUCAUCUUAUUUAAUUAUAUCAUUAGCUAAUUAUUCUAAAAAUUUAAAUCAUAAACAAAUAAAUAUACAAACAGAAACAAUCAAUAAUAAUCAACCACCGAUUAAUAUUAAUUUAAAACCAUUAUUUAUUAUGUCAAUUGAUACAUUAGAUAAAUUAUUAAAAUUUUUAUUACAAUCAUCAUUAGUAACAAUACGUUUAUGGCAUCAUUUAUUUUCUUUAUUAUAUUAUACAAGUACAAAUAUUGAUUAUGCUAAACAAAUGAAACAAUUAUGGUUUAAAGGUGAUAUUGAUAAUAGUUUAUUUGCUAAAAUUUGGUUAAAAUUUAUUCAAACAACACAAGAUAUGAUUGAUGAAAGUACAGUUGAUAUUAUUAUUAAUUAUUUUGAAAGAUUAUUUAUGUGUGAUGAUGAAAAUAUAAAUAUUACGGAAAAUAUUAAAUUAAAUGAAUCAAAUCAAUCUCAAGAUAUUCCAUCGUCAUCAUUACCUAAUGUCAAUAGUCUUUAUCUUAAUACUCUUUUAUCUAUUCUUGAUCGUCUUAUAAGCAAUGGUUUUCAUGGUCCUCUAAAUUGUCAUUUAACAUUUUUAACCUAUCUUUUUAAACAAAAUUUUUCCCAAGCAACAUCAUCAAUACGUUUAAAACUUUGUCGUAAUAUAAUUGAUUUUGUUUGGUCAUUUUGUUAUUCAUAUUCACCAUUAUCAUUUACACAAACGGAUAUUCAUCCAUUAAUAUGUUUUCUUAAUUAUGAUCGAAUUCAUCAUCGACAAACAUCAUCUUCAUCUUCAUCUUCAUCAUCAUCUUCAACAAGUUCAUUAAUUCCUCCAUCAUCUGUAAAUAAAUGGCAUCUAAUGAAUACAGUUAAUAAAAUUUCUCUACAAAAUAAUCAAUCAUCAUCAUCAAUAACAACAGCAACAAAUAAUAAUGAUUCAACAACAAAUUCAAAAUCAUCAUCAAUACGUCGACAAUGUAAUUUACAUGAUACAUGUGUACGACAAAUGAUAUUAUUAAUAACAAAAUUAAUGGAAAAUACAAAUCAAUCUCAUGAUCAACAACGUAAACGUUUUAAAAAUGAAGAAUCUAAUAUAAAAUUAAAUGAAAUUGAAGAUGAAUAUUCCGAUGAUAUACUUGAAUCAAUUUAUAUUGAAAAACUUCUUUCAAUACUUUCAAUGUGUCAUUCAUCACUUGAUUCAUCAUCAUCAAUAUCAUUAAAUUCUUCAACAAAAUUUCUUGCUGCAUCAAUAACAUCAACAAAUCAAUAUUCAUCAUUUAUACAUACAACAAUACAUUUAAAUUUAAAUGAUUUAAUAUCAGUUGGUGAUAGUAUUUAUUAUUGUUUAUCAUCAUUUAUAUCUCAACCAAAUUAUCUUUUACCAAUACUUUGUCAUUAUUUAACAACAAGUCCAUUAUUAUCAUCACCAUUAUUAUUAUUUAUUAUUUAUUCAAUACAUAAUACAAGAAUUUUAUUUGAUGUAUUAAAUCAAUAUAAAUUUCUUGAUUUAUUAGUUAAUAAUUUAAUAACAUAUUCAAAUUAUUUAUCAAAUCAAACACAAAUACCAUCAAUACAACGUAUUUAUGAUCAAAGACAAUCAUUAAAUAAUACUAUGGAUAUUGGUUCAAUUAAUUUAUCAACACAAUGUCAAAUAACAUGUUCAAAUCCAAAUGCAUCAUCACCUGAAAUAUUAAUACAAUCAAAUAGUAAUGUUCCAACAACAAUAACAUCAUCAUCACGUCGUCUACGUUCACCACCAUGGUCAUAUACAUAUUCACCUAAUGAACAACGUUGUACAUUAACAUUACAAUUUCCAUAUUCAAUUAUAUUAAAAUCAAUACAAAUUGUACCAUUUACACAAUUAUCUAUUAAUCAUUAUACUAUAAUUGAUCAAUUAAAUACAAAUUCAACACAAUAUCCAUCAUCAAUAACAUGUGAAAUAUCAUCGGAUGGUUAUUAUUUUAUACCAUGUGCUUAUUUAUUAAAUACACAAGGACAACAAAUUAUUAAUUUAUCUAUAACUAAACAAAUUGAUAUUGUUAGACAAUUACGUAUACAUUUUUAUAAACCAAUUGAUCAUGAUACAAUUGGUUUACAACAAAUAUCAAUAUAUGGUUAUUAUGCAUAUGAUCAACAAACAAUUAUUGAACAAACAAGUCAUCCAUAUCAAACAUUAAUAUCAACUGUUUAUGGUAAACAAAUAUUACAUAGUAAAAAUUCUAAUACAUCUAUUGUAACAACAUUAAAUGAUGAUGAUAUUAAAUUAAUGUAUUCAUCAAUAAAAUCUUUAACAACAAAUACAAAUAUAAUUGAUAAUAGUCAUCAAGUAUCAAUGAUAUUAUCUGAUAAAUAUCGUUCAUUUAAUCAUUAUUUACAAUUAAUACAUUUAUGUUUAAAAAAUUCAUUUAAUAUAGAUGAUAAUCUAUUUGAAAAAUUUCUUUUUAUACUUAAAGAAAAAUUUUAUCAUACAAAUGAUUUUAUUUUUAAUGAAAUAUUUAUUUAUAUUGGUAAUCAUUGUACGAAUAAACAAUUUGAUUUAUUUAUUAAAUAUUUAAUUACAUAUAAUCAUUUUAAUAUUUUAUCAGAAUUAAAUUUUAAUGAAAAAAAUAUUAAUUAUUUAAUUAAUAAUAUUAAUCAACCAAUUAAUAAUAAUCAAUUAAUUAGUACUGAUAAUCAAUUAAUUAUUAAUAAUAAUCAAAUAGUUAAUAAUAAUAAUAAUAAUAAUAAUAAUCAACAUCAAUUAAUUAAUGAUCAAAUGAAACAAAUUAUUAAUAAUAUUUUAUGGAAAAUAAAAGAAGAUAAUUUUAAAUUUGAUGAAAAUUUAUUAGAACAUUUAUUAAUAAAUUAUUCAUGGUUAUUACCAUCUAUAGCACAUCAUAAACCAUUAUUAGUUAUGAAUUAUAUUAAUAAAAAUGAAUCAUUUAUUGAAUAUUUUAAACAAUUAAAAAUAUGUUCAUUAAGUGUUGAAUUUCUUAAUGAAAUAUUAAUAAAUAAUUAUUUUAUUAAAUCAAUUGAAGAAUUAAAUCAACAAAUUCAAUAUAUAUCAAAUAAUACAUCAAAUCAAUUAUUAAUUUAUCAUGCACUUGAUUAUUUAAUAACAAUAAGUAAAUAUUCAAAUGUUCAAAUAUGGUUUUCAAAAACAAUAAUUGCAUCAAAUAUAUGGAAAUAUUUACUUGAUUUAUUUAAUAAUCCAAAUAUAUUAUCAUUUAUACAAUCACCAUCGAUUUUAUUAACACAAUUAAUAACACUUCUUAGAAAUUUAUCUAUACAAUGUCCAACAAAUCAAAUAAAUAUGUCAUUAAUAUCAUCUUAUUUAGCUUAUUUAACUGAACAACGUCUUGAACAAGAUCGUCCAUUAACUGGAUAUUUACAAUAUAUAUUAAGUGAAGUUGUACUUAAACAUGAAUAUAUACAAUGUUUAAUAAAUACACGAGAUUAUCCAAUAAAUAUACGUGAAUAUUCAUCAUUUCGAAGAAAUUCACUUUAUCAUAAAUUAAUUCAAGAUUGUCAAAUAUCAAUGAAUAUUGGACAAUUAAUUGAAAAAUUAUUUGGUUUUAAUUAUUUACAAGCUAAUAUAUGGACAGCAACAAAUUAUAUUAAAAAUAAAAGUUAUUUAAUAAAAGCAUCAAGUGAACCAAUUAAUAAUAAUCAUAGAAGAAAAAUACCACGUGCUGAAUUAGUUUCAUUUCGAUCAACAAUAACAGGAAAAUUAACAACAAAAUCAAUAAGUUCAUUAUCUAAUUUAACUAAACAUCAAAAAUUAUCAUCAAAAUCAACAACAAAUGAAUCAUCAAUUCCAAAGAAAACUUCAUCAGUAUUACCCGUUGAAAAUGUUCAUUUUAUUUUACAUAUUAAUGGACAAAAAAGACAAUGUAUUUUACCGAAAACUACACGAUUGAGUGAUUUAUUAUUAUCAUUUGAUUGUCGAUCAUUAAAUAUUUACGAAGUUGAUGUUAUUGAAUUUACUUUUGAUAAUCAUAUUUUAAUUAAUGAUGGUCAACAACAAAUACAACAAAAUCAAAAUACAUAUUCAUCAUUACCUAGUAUUGUUGUUGUUGGUCUUUUACUUGAUUAUUUAACAAGAUAUUACCAUCAUAAAAAGUCAUUAACAACAAAUAGAGAUGAACAAAUUGGUUCAACAUUAGAAACAUCAUCAUCAUCACCAUCAUCAUUAUCAUCAACAGUAACAACAUCGACAAGUAGUUUUUAA